UUAACCCUCCAAUAUAUUCUUUGUUUCAUGCGUAUAUUAGAGUAACAAACACGUUUUACAACACUGGCAAAAAUACACGUGUCAAUUGUGAAAUUUGAUGAAGCUUCUUAUAAAACUGUCUGACUCAGUUCAUAAAUAUGAACAAAGGCAAGGAAAAAACUGGCGAAAAUUUGGAACAAUCUUGUGCAGGACGCAUGAAUCUCACGAAUGCUCAAAACAGAGUAUUGGUGGUUAAAGUUCCAAAGUAUGUAGCACAGAAAUGGGAUUCUGCGCCAUCUAAUAUAAAUGCUGGGAAACUUACGGUAACAAAAACGCAUGGACAAAAACCAAUAUUCGAGUUGUCACUACCACCUGAGGUGGUAGAACUGAAACCAGAAGGAGAAAUACCAACUGAAUAUACACUUGAGGUAUCAAAUGUUAACGACCAAACAUAUGGCGUUUUUUCGACCGAAGCAACUGAACAGUUACCGAGUGGAUCUGAAAAAGUAUCUAUGGAAGGAAGUUCAAUAAAAAGCUUAGAUUGUAGGCCGAAAAUAAAUAAUUCUUAUGUAGCAUUUAAACGAGAGACAGUACAAAAGGCAUCUGGAUCAAGUGAUGUAGAUCAUGCCCACAACAUUGAGUGCCGCAAUCGUAAGAAAGCUGAAGGUAAAAAGGCACGUGACGAUAAAAAUUUUGUAAUGGGUUUGCUCUUCAAUGCAUUCGAAAAGCAUCAAUAUUAUCACAUUAAGGACUUAGUAAAGAUCACGAAGCAACCUAUAGCAUAUUUAAAAGAAAUACUUAAGGAAAUUUGUAAUUAUAACAUGAAAAAUCCACAUAAGAAGAUGUGGGAACUUAAGAACGGGUAUUGUCAUUACAAGUCCGAUGAGAAAGAGAAAGAUGAAAAGUCUAACUCGGACAGUGAAUCAGAAUAGCACUAAUUUUUUAUUUUGACUAAGCUAACAGAACUGUGAUUAAAUUUAAUCAGUCAUUUUUUUAUUGUUGUAAUCUAAAGAUCUUGAAAAUUUAAUCUAGUUAAGCUUAGAUUGAUAAUAACAUAUUUAAAAGCAAAGAAAACAUUUCAUUACUAUGCCAUAUUUGUUUUUCUCCAUUUUUACAGUCACAUAAA